AUGUCGUCGACUCGGCAGAUCUCGAGCACCGCUGCUCCUCCACACUUGUCCUCGAGAGCAUGGACUUGGAUGUGGGCCUUGCUGCUCGGGCUCUUCGUCACCGCCAUCUUCUUCCGCUCGAUCUUACCUCGUCUUCCCCGCAUCCUAUUUCGCGGCAAACUUCGCAUCAAGAGAGCUGGUAUCCGAGGCAUUCGCGGUAUCGAGUACCGCUCCAAGGGCUUCCAUAAUGAUUCCGCUGCCUUCUCUAGGAACGAACACCAGCUCGAAAUCAAAAUCCACAGGGUCUACGCCUCGUUUCACCUCCCCUACUUUCUUCGCAAAGCAGAUCAGUGUCCCAAGGCUGUACCGCGCACGAGCGGCUCCAUCGUCACCGUGCACGUUCAGGGCGUUGGCAUCCGUCUUCCUCGAUCUCGCCACCAUGUACAACAAAGCACCAGUUCACCCCAAAACACCUCCUCCACCGACAAUCAUGACCGUCAACCCAGCGACCAUAUCUCACCUGAGCAGCAGCAAGAACUCAGGCUUCAACAACUCAUGAGCAGCCCGCCAACGUCACCUUCCCUCGAUCCCAAGCGCUCAUUGUCAAGCGCGUUCCAACCUGCCCCUUCUCACCCGCUCACCGCGGACCACCUCUCCUCUGCCCAUGCCUCCGCCCAAGCACCCGGAUCUACGUUUUACAUUACCUGCCACCAAGCCGGUCUCAUGUCGAUUCAUUCCGUCCUACGCCUAGCAUCCUGGUUUCGUUGUUCCUUUGUGCCCACCAUAAAAGGCUUGGUACUACGUGCCUUUCGAGCAGCCAUCUUCAUUCUCACUUCCAGUCUGCCCGCCCUCACCUCCCUCAUCUCCAUCGAAGUGGAUCGCAUCGAAGUCUACGUCCAGGAAGCAGAAGCGGUCGUCCGCAUCGGUCGUGCCGGCCUUACUUUUUCCAUGUCUUCCGAUUCUCUUCCUUCUCGCUCAAGCUCAGCCAGCGCACCGCACCAUGCUGACGAUGCGCAGCGUGCUUUGUCCUACUUUAGAACGCCCACUUGGAGCAGCUUCUUCGAUUUGAUGCGUAUAAUGCCUACCAAGAUGGGCUCAGGGGCCAGGGAUGUUGCCAGCUAUCUUGUUGCCGGCAUGUCUCCCAGCACCGUGGCAACCCACUUGCGCAUCGAAAGCAUCGACCUUUUUCAAGCCACCUUUAAGCCCGAAAAGAAGUCCCAAGCCUCGUUGGAUUCACAGUCACACCGAGAGAAUGAGCCAUUUUGUCCGAAACCGUCGUCACCCUUGCCCCCCAGAGACCGCUCAGAUCGACGCUCAAUAUCGCCUGGCCAGUCCGAUACCGAACUCGAUGCAACAGCGGCCGCCUCCGACGACAGCCUCGACUGGCCUUCCCAUCUCUCCCGCCCAAAACGUGCGCCAAGCAGUCGUGCCUCUCGCUUGUCCAGGAUGCCUUCCAACUCCUUGCGAGGCUUUGCUGAUCGCUGGGCAGACUGGGCGCUGGAGCCCUUGGUCGAAUCGGACUUCCACGCCGAUUCCGGCUGGACUCGACAGCACUUCGACCAAGGCGUAUCGCCGCAACAGCUUCAAACUAUCCCAGCUGCCGCCAGAAUCGCGUCCGUCUCAGGAAUCACCGAGCUGACCGCGAGCUUACUCGUAGGAUCCAACUUGACCCUCGGUGGAGACCGCACCUUGGCAGCCAGACUCGCGCUCGGCAACAUCGCCCUCGGCUUGGACGCAGCUCAUCGCGUCAUUUGCAUCAUCGAGGAGCGCCAAGCGCGCAGAUCCGGAUGGGCGCCUACCCAAAACGGCAUUGCCAACAACCAGCGUUCGAAACUCUCCAAGCACCUUGUGCAGCAUCGUCCUUCUGCUUCCGCUACAGCUUUGCGCAUGGUCUCCUCCGUGGCGCUUUCUCUUCCGUCGCUCCGCAUCACGUCCUCUUCGAACGCCCUUCUCGCCUCUGUUUCUGACUGUUCGGACGUGUUUACUCCGACACAUGAUUCACUGCCCUCAAGGGAGCUUGGUGUCUCUGUCACAGGCUUGAAUCUCGAGCUCAGAGAUAGCGAUCCAAGAGACGACCUCCACCGUCGAUGGCUCGGCACAUGCGGCCUCCCUACGAAAUCGACAGCAAACAGACGCAACCGAAACAGAUCACAGGGUGAUUCAGCGGCAUCGCCACUUCGAAAGCAUCGCAAAAACUUGCCGCACGGUGCCCACGCGGUCGAGCACCGACGCACCUUCUUGACAGACUUCAAUCUUGCCAGCUUUGACGUUCGUUGCGGUCCGCACGGCCGAGGCUGCGGUUCUCAAUUGCUCUCUGUUGGCGACCUCUCCAUUGUAGCAAGGUCUUCCUGGACACCGUUCGGUCUCUUCGCCGCUUGCCCCGAGGUGGCCCGCCUGCUUUUCCAGAACGACCCGAACGAACACGUCGUAGCAAUCGAGGCCGUCAUCGGUGCUGUUGAAAGCGACGUCUCCCUGAAUGAUUUGACCGCGCUCAUCCCUAUCGCCGCCGAGUUCAGCCGCAGAAGGCAAGUAAAGCGUGUACGAAUCGGUAUCGACAAGCCCCCGCGCCCCAAAACAGAUCUUGAGCAGCUUCGACGCGUUCCUAGGAUCGCCGCAGGUGUUCAUAUUGAGCGCAUCUCGCUCUUAUUGGACGCAAGCCCAAGCGGCAUUGAUCGGCGCUCGGAACAUCAGUGCUCCAGAAAGCUCACCCUCGCCGUGCCGAAUGCCGAUUUCGUCUUCUUCGGCGAGUAUGCAGACGAGUACGUCAAGCGACCCGCAGCCGAAAAGCGAGCUGCUUACAAGGCGCUCGCAAGCGACAGCCUCAAAUGGCCAAUUAGCGGCAUUGAGCGGUCUCAAUCGGCUCGAAAUCUCCAAGCCCAGCAAAGAAAUGGCGCAGACCGCUCCAACAACCCAACAACGGGAUCAACGCGUGUCGAAGCUGGAGCAACGUCGGCACAUCCAUCAAGCUAUCCAACUGAACGCUACAACGAGACGGGUCUCACGAUAAAUGAGACAAUACAGCGCAUGAAGGAAAUGCAGCAGCAUGCCGAGACAAGCGAAAAGCGACCGUCCAUGACAGGGCGUCGUUCUUCAAUUCGCGAUACGAUGGCAAAGACCGGCAAAAUUAGGACUCCCGGUUACAGUCAAAGAUCGUCUUUGGCAGCCGAAUCCCGCUUUAGCCUUCGAUAUCAAUUCGAAGUGUCGAUGCAUGUCGAUGCGGUCGAGUCCUUCCUUUCCCUGAGCGCCGACCCGAAGGCCAUGUCAGGAUCGUCAGAUACACCGACAUCCCAGGACAAGCCAGUGUUCGAAUCCUCACAGCACCAUCUUCUUGCAUUGCACAGCUUUGAGGUGCUCGGCUCUGGUCGGAUUCCGGGCAACGCAAAGCCAGAAGCUUCUUCUCUAUGCAGCGAAGUUACCACCUUGUCUGCGCCAGACACUGUGGCCGAGUUUAGAGCUAACAUCGAGGACAUUGACAUUGAAGCUUGGCAAAUGCGUGCGCUUGACGCCUAUGCCGAUAUUGCUGCUGCCAUUUUGGAAGCCAGGAAAACGGUGCAGAAUCCCACCGAGCGGAACAAAGCGGACGAUUCCGCAUCUGCAAGCGCUACUGCAAAGACAGAUACCGCACCAAAGCCACUGGUGGAGCGUCUGCCUGCAGGCUUAGCUGUUUACCUGUCCAUUGGCCGUACAGUUGCCCAUCUCGGCGGUCCAGAUCGCAGAAUCAAGGACCAAGUGGCUCGCGGAGUCGGCUUUGAGGCCCAGCGCAUCGUUCUAGAGUAUGCAGGCGUGGCUGAUACCAAGACCAAUGCCGUGCCUCAAAGAGCAAACUGGGGCUCACGCACCGCUUUGGAACUUUCCGAGGAUUUGCACCUGCAGGCCCUUUCACUCACAAACAGGCAUAAACGUGUCGCUUUGGCGCGUGUUGUCUUGCAUGAAGCAGGUAUCUUCCCGAUCCUCGAUGCAGCACUUGCCACUCAACAGCACAUUGAUGGCACCGCGUCACCGAGCUUCGCUAGGGCAAAAGCACAUCAAGAAGAGGUAUGCCCAAAAGAACCAAACCAGAAAGCGACUUCGGGUCGUCCAGCCACUUCUUUGCUUGCCGACGGCGUGUGGGCUUUCGGAAAAGGUGGCCCACGGGUCCACUCGAGCAGGCAGCAACGUCCUAGUGUCUUGCAGCAGGACCGCAGCAAUUUCGUCUGUUUCAUGCCAUAUGCCGCCUUCAAAACCGUGGUGAGGCCUCCUCAAACCAAGAACAAGGCCGGGCUUACUGGCUCAAGCGAAGACGAGGUUUUCAUCACCACCGAGGACACCAAUCGUAUCGCUUUUAACAUUGACAUUCUCCACACGUACUGCUUCCUCCUGGCGUUUGCCACCUUCAAGCACCUAGCCGCUCGAGCUAAGCGUCAUCUGCGUCCUGCUUCCAACCCCGAAUCAGCUUCGGCAACGACAUCGCAAGAGCAAGCUGCAUCGAAUCAAACACAUCUCAAGCCGAGUGUCUCCUGUCGAAUCGAUAUCAAAGAGGUACACACGUUCAUUACCCUGCCCCGAUCGACGCGCAUCUUUAUGCGAAUUCGUAGGCUGGAAGUGCGCCAAAACGCACGAGACGGAUUAUCAGUGUCCAUCGAGACCGUCAUGGGUGCGGUAGAAAGUCCCAAGCGUAUCCAUGGCAAUGUUUGGGAAGAAGCAGUGCGUCUUCGCGACUGGCGAUUCACAUUGCCUCCAAAGCUGCCUGACGAGACGCCUAAAAUUACCGUCAGCGGAGAUGCAGCUCUCAUCCGCAUUCCAUUUGGAUAUGUCGUCUUCCCAAUCAUCGACAAUACCACCGUAGCGAUCAAAGCUACAAAACAGCUUCUCUACCAGUUCCUCAAUGACAAGGACGAUUCCAUCAUCACGCCCGAGCCGGAGGAUCCAAAGCUGCUUCCCAAUAUUAACUUCCAGCUGCGUGUUUUGACUUUGGAGGCAGAGGAUGAUCCGUUUGAGACCAAACUCAAUCUGAUAUGGCGCGCGGGUCUAGCGGAGAACAUGGCUCGAGAGGAGAGAGAAACCGCUUUUGCUGCCAAAGCGGAAGCUAUUGCUGCCUUCAAGAUGCCCGACAGCUCGACCUUUUUCCGCUCCAGCUCAGAUGACGCUAGCCUGGAAUCCUCCAACUCCUCAAUUCGAAGCGGCUUGCUGGAUGAUGGGUACUCAUCUUUUACCUCACAUGAUGCUCGCUCAACCAGAUCCAAGCAGGCGCACGUCAGCUAUGAACAGGCGAGGAUCGCGCUGGACGCCUUCAACUCAUCCAGCUGGGUACGCCGGUACAUCAAUGCGCAGUCAGAGCAAUCAAGACGUCAAGAGACAGUGUUGAAGAGUAUCUAUGGUCGCUUCUCGGCGUCUAAAAGCCUCGAUGACCUUCCAAUCAAGGUACUACCCGUAGGCAAGGCGGUUCCUCUGUUCCGCUCGACUAUGCAUCGAGUCGCACUGCAGAUAGGUCAAGCGCAUGUGCCCGUCGGUCAGCUUCGCGAUUUCAUCCAUGAUUUGGGUGCUGGCGUCCCGAAAGAGACUCCCUACUCGCUUAUCGUGCCCUUGCACAUCAAGUGGGAGUUGGAAGAGUGGCGUGUCGUUCUGCGCGAUUAUCCGAUGCCCUUGCUGCACAUUCCGCCAACGCAUCGUCCUGAGAGCGAUGCCCGCAAGGCAUGGUGCUUCGAAGGCGAUAUCGUGCUUGCGGAGCAGCUGGGAGGACCCGAAUCCAUCCGACACGUGCCGGUGGUCAUCGUGCCAGCAGCGACAGGACGUCUGGACGCAGUCGAGUACGGCAUCAUUGUCCCAAAAGUGGCCAUGUCGGUCAAGAUUUAUGGUACACCCACCGUGAAGCUGCAUACACCAUACCCUACUCGAUUGGUCUGGGGCCAGUCAAUUCAACCCACCAUCCAAGACGUGAUGCGCGUCAUCGAUAGCAUCACGCCUCCUCCGCACGACCCUUCACCCAAACUCGGUUUCUGGGACAAGUUGCCUCUCAUCCUUCAUGGGCACGUCAACAUGAAGUUCGAGGACGAAGGCGGUUUCAACGUGCACCUCAAGGGUAGCCGCAAUCCGUACACUAUCGAAGGCAACGGUGCGGGCUGGGUCAAGUCUUGGAAGGGUGGCGUCGAGAUUCGCAUCGGUUACGAUAAUCCAGAGAAGGAGAUUUUCCAGAUCAUCAGUCACGAGUACGUACUCGCUAUUCCAGACCUGUACGACUAUGUCGACCAUGCAGCUACCGGUAUUUUGGGCGGAAGCGACCCCCAGCAAGGUCGUUGGCACCAAUCACGAGAUGUCGACGGUGAGGGGAGCUACCACGACUCGUACGAUCGGAAGUCGGCGGAUGCUUCCUUCACCUCUAGCAUGUAUCGAUACAUGAGGGACCCGACUUUCCGCAAAAUUGUCAUCAAACUGACUAACGGUGUGCGUUGGGGCGCUGGCCUGCAUGGGGAACGCACUUGCGAUGAGGAAACAUGCCCUCGUCGUCCUAGUUGUCGCGGCGAACCUUUCUAUCGCGAAUGCCGCAACUUUGUCCGUGUCGACCAUUGGAAAGUAGUUCCCAAGACGCGAGAGUACUUUGAUUCGAUUCCGGAGAGCGAGCGACGCGACUCAUUCCGUGGAUGGAGAUCGCACCAUCUCCAUUUUGCCAUCUCUGUCUUCUCGCCUAAAACCGGCAUCUCCGGCUAUGCUUGCAGCGCGAACAAUGAGCAUCGCGAGGCGCUCAACAACUUCUACUUUUCGCCGCUAGCCUGGCAACAUUUCUGGGUUUGGAUGCGGCUCUUCAACGGUGCCAUGAGUCUACCAAUUCGUACGGGCAAGCUGUUCCCAGAAAGCCCUCCUCCAUCACCCAAGUUUGGUCGAUUCUUGGGCACGAUCAAGUAUAGGAUCGACCUUGCCCCGCUAUUCAUCGCCCAUCAGUACAGGCAGUUCAACAAGGUGGACUGGGCCAGAGGUUUACGGACGCAUGUCGGAAUCAAGGCUCGCAUAGAUUCGUUCACGCUCGACAUGCAUCAACGUCAACAAGAGACGGUCAAAGAUCGACCCGAGCUGGGUGCGCCCCGCGUUGUCUUCCACAAGCCCUUCUAUGAGGCGGAGGUCAAGUGCGAUGCGAUUGAUCUGAAGACUAUUGCAGCUCGGAUGCGCGAAAAUACGGGCGUUGUCGGCACCACAGAGGACCAGGAGAUUGGAGAAAACAUGCUUGACGACCUCUUUGCAGCAGACAUGGAAAUUUCAGACGAAGACCUGGUUUGGAUCGACAUGAACGACUUUAUCGAGCUUGAGGCCGAGGCUAUCAAGGAUCCUUCGCCGAAAAUUCGCAUGUAUCCUGCUAUGGUAUGCCCUCAUUUCAACUACUAUCGAAAGGUCGACUCGCAGCGAGAACGUCAAGCCCACGAAAAGGAUCGCGCUAGGGGGGGCAAGGAUAACAGCGGCUCGGGAAGCGACAUCGAGGAUCUGAUUAGCAGACUAGAGCGGAGCAAGUUUGGCAACGAAGAUACUCACGUCUGUAUGGUGGGCCACAACGAUAAACCAUAUAGUGUUCAGCGUAAGCUUGCACAGGAGAGGCUGCACACCAUCCGUCGUGAUAUUGAUCACAUCCUGAACGCGAGCGACAACAGGAGUUAUGAACCGGAAGCCACUUUGGAGCAUUCUGACGACCAUCACGAUCAAUUGAACGACCUCCACAGUCGCGAGCGGACCCUGAGCGGGUUCAUCGCUCAUCUUGGCCGGCUUCAGGAGAACCAAGAACGCGUUGAGCGUGCCAAAGCAGAAGGUCACCCUGCGCCCAAGUCGUCUACGUCGACCGAUCGCAACUUUUCGCUCAACGCUGUUGACCUCGCAUCGCUAUAUCACGACUUGGGUACGUUCGACAAUCGCUAUGUCGCCCACAAUCCUACGCUUUUCUUCAGCAACGUCACCCGUACGCUUUUACUCAAAUAUUACUACAACUCGCGAUUGCGACGAGGGUACGCCCAUCACAUGACAGCAACUGCGGUGAAGUACAUCAGAGAUUUGCUCAAAAAGAAAGACAAAGGCGACCGGAGCUCGACCAACAGUCGGCAGAAACACGCCAGCCACACCGACCGCUUACCGCAGCAGGGAAGCCCCAGCUCAGAAGAGGCCAAUGGCUCGGACAUUCUGCACGAGAUGCUCGAGGAUACGAUCAACCACAUGACCGGCAAAAACGGACACAGCAAAUCUGGUAUGGGCAGUCGGCACGAGGAGAAUGACAGUGCCAGCGAUGACGGCGAUAUGCAGCCUACAGACGGCAUCUCUGACGAUUUCAAGGUGGCCAAGAGCAAUGUCUGCCUCCUUCUCAAGCCGCAGGUGGUGUUAAAGAGCGACAUAGAUGACAAUUCCACGGUCAUCGUGACAGCCCUUCGCACGCGGCUUCACAACUUUACGGUCCAAGACGAGAGUUGCGCCGAGGAUUCUGUCAACGCCAUUGUACUGCGUCGGAAUUGCUUUGUGCUUGACAACCUGCAGUGUUACCACCCCAAUGCUCGAGCUCAGAGUCAGGUGAAAAGGCAAGGAUUCGUUUCUCUUCCUCUCGAGGCUUUGGUCGAUAUGCACGGUCACGCGCGCGACUUUGAAAGAAUCGUGCCGCAUACAAAUGCCACCUUGUACUACGACAAAUUCAAUAAGCUGCGUCUGUCGGAUUCAUCGCGGUCGGUUUCCACAUUCCGACGGGAUGGUAAGCCAGUGCAGGAUCAUCUGCAUCACCACAUGGACUUUAUCUUGCUCGAUUGCCCACGCUUCUCUGUAUCGGCCAACGGCGAGCACUUUGCGGCGUUGUACAAUGUGGUGACGGACCUGAUCCUAUAUCGAGACCCAGCGCAUCGCGACCAUGCCAAGAGGCUUGAAGAGAUGAUGUUCAGCUACGACUUUACCGAUGUCUCUGGCCUGGCUGACAUCGUCACGGCACUCCAAUUCAGGAUUCGUGACGCUCGGUCUCUGGCGGAACAGUAUCAGGCAGUGUCGCAUCGACUCAACGAGCGCGGUAGGGCGGAUUUUGUCACAUUGCUUGGCGAAACGGUAGAGCUGGUGGAGGAACUCAACCUAAUCAUGGACGCAAUCACGACCUCGCAGGACAGCAAGGGAGGCGCUGAUCGCGAGAAGAAGUCGGCAGUGCGCUUCAUGGCACAGGCCCAAGAGGUGGCGUGGAACAUGAUUGGCGAUGAGGCAGGACAGUUGGUCGCCAAACUGGCUCUGCGAGGCAUCAGCUUCUCAUGGCUCAAUAAGGCCGACAAUUCAGCAGCCAAUACGCUGUCGAUCCAAGACUUGCAGGCACUCAAUGUGCAUCCCAAUGCGCUUUUUGCCGAGAUCAUCACCAAGCACACGCGAGCUCAGGAUCAUCCCAUGGCCAAAGAGGGUCGAUUCCUGGACGCCAUGUGGAGUGUGUUGCCACCAGUGGGUGGAAUUUCGAUUGUUGACAUGUUCGAGUUCAAUCUGCAUCCCGUCAAAAUCCAGAUCGAGCUGCUUGUUGGUCGAAAGAUCAUGGACUACAUUUUCGGCACCAAGCGAGAGCGUGACCGACAGGAAGAGGAGCAGAAGCGUCUCGAGAACGAUGCGAAUGGUUCUAGCACGGUCAAGGCAAAGAAAAAGUCACCAUUUGCUCGUUUGCUCGGCAGUCGCAAGCAGGCUGCACCCAGUACUGGCUCGGUGGACACGUCGCAAAUGCCCAGUCCGAGUGCGAGCACGCAGAAUUUGGCCAGCUCACACGCGCCUUCUCAUAGUGCAUCCACCAGCGACCUACUUUCUGUCAGGCGUCCGUCGUCGGAAGAGUCCAGAGAGGACAGCAGCGAGGGCGUCAUAGACCGUGCUUCGUCCAGAGCUAUGGCUUUGAACUCUGCGACGGCAAAAAGCUCGACCAAGUCUCGGCCUGGUACGCCUAGCAGUGGCAAGGACAAGGACAACGCGAGUGAAAGCCUGCGCCCGGGUGAUCAAUUUGCCAUCGCGCAACGCAACGCCGCCGAAAUGCGAUCGCGAGCUUCUGCUUACCGCACUUUUGUGUAUGUCAAGAUAUCGGAAACCAUCUUUUGUCUCUCGUACAAGGGUGAAAAGAAAAAGUCGAUUACGGAUCUCUACGACCUUGUCUUCCGCACACCCAACUUCGAGUACCACAACAGCACGUUUGGCUACGUGGAUCUGGCCGAGAAUUUUAAAAAGGACGUCUUCAAAGCGGCAUGGAACCAAAAGUCGACGCUGUUACGGGAUAUUAUCACGCAUCGACCGAAUCGCAAACGCAAUGCGAUCGAGAGCAUUCGCGCCAUACGGCAAGCUUCGCGUGCCAGAGAGUCGUUGGCUCCGCUCGAUAUCUCGGUCCAGCCGCCGACGCCUGCGAACCGAUCUUCGUUUGAUGGCAGUAGUCAUUUGGCUGAAUCGCCGACAGACACAUUUAGCUUUCGUGGCGACGAACGGUAUGGCGACCGCCGUGAUGGACGUGAUUAUGACGAUCACGGCCACGACUACGACGACAAUGAAGACGUAGGCAACGUAGGCGACGAUGCUGAAGAGGAGGACGAUGUAAGCGUGGGUGACUAUGAAAGGGGCGGAGCUACCGAUCGGAGCGAAGACGAACAGCACACGCACAGUCGAAGCCGCAACAGCACAAGCCAGACGCUGGCAGGUCAGAUUCGGGAUGCGUGGGGUCGAAGUAACGCCAUCAACAACGAUGACGUCUCGAUCAGCUCGGAUGCAUCGCGAAACUCGACCGGCGAGGUGGACGAGAUGGUGAGCCCACAACUUACGCCGAAGCGCGAAGUCUCGACGGAUCGCGAGUUUGGACGUCGCUUUCCCACAAUUGGUCGUUCGCAACAUAGCAAUGAUUCGCCCUCGACGGAACGCGGCGAUGCGACAACGCUGGGAUCUACCAACUCGGCAUCGUCGUCGCCGUUUCUGCACCUGCCAACGCGUCGGGGCAGCGCAUCGUCUCAUUCUCGCUCGGUUUCGAGCUUCAAGCUGAACAAACUCAUCCCCAAGUCGUUCAGGCCAAGAGCUAGCUCGUCGACGCACGGCGGUGCUGCUAGUGUUUCAAGUGAGAUGAGGAGAAACAGUCACAGCACGGGCGAUCACGGCCACGCAUCUAGUCCAUUGAACGAUCAGCCGCCACCAGGCGAUGCGGACGUCAACGCCACAGUCAUGUCGCCUGCAAGAUCGUUGGUGCGGCUGCGAGGUGGACCUAGACCAUCAUUCGGAACGCGCUCCACUGCAUCAGCCGACGAUGAUCAGGCUCGUGUAGAUAAUUCAGAAUCGUGA